UUGCCAUUGCUCGUGCUUAUCACUCGUAUCUUUCUUCCCCUCACUCUCUUCCCUGCCUGUGUCUUUGUCCGAGUCUCUGUCUAUCUCGCUCUCUCUCUCUCUAACAACAUGGCUAAAGCCACUACCAUCAUUGAUCAUCUGCAACACUCUUCACUGUUAAUCUGAUCUCUCCGUAUGUAUUACCAAAUUUACACUCUUUAGCACAACAUCAACACCUUAACUCACAAUCAAGGACUUUUCUUUUUCUUUUUUAAAAAUUUUCUGUUUUGAAAAGAAAAGAUUUUUGGGUUUCUUGAGUUCGUUGGUUUUGAUCAACAAACAACAGCUUAUUUGAACCAACAAACAAAAACCCAGUUUAAUUUUAGCCUUUUUUAGCUUAAAUUUAGCCAAAAGUUUCAUUCUUUACACUCAUAUCUAAUGAUCACUGACACGUAUUCAAAGAUUUUGCCCGAUAUAUCAAUGCGAUCAAUGCUCAAAAACGAGGAUUUGGGCAAACUGAUUAGAGAGCAAAGGUUACAUCAAGAGGUAGCGAGUGACAGAGAGGAGCUCAAUAUUUAUCGGAGUGGGUCUGCCCCACCUACUGUAGAAGGGUCUUUAAGCUCGAUUGGGGGCUUGUUUGAUGCUACUGGGUUACCUGCUAUCAAAAAGAACAACAAAGGUGGGUUCUUGAGCGAGGAGGAUAUACGUUCUGAUCCAGCUUAUGUUAAUUAUUACUACUCUAACGUGAACUUGAAUCCAAGACUGCCUCCUCCUUUGUUAUCAAAGGAGGAUUGGAGGUUUUCACAGAGAUUACAUGGUGGUGGGGUUAAUCCGGUGGUUGGGGACGGACGGAAGGGUGGUAGAGGCGGUGAUAAUGAAGGAAACAGGUCGCUUUUUGCAGUGCAGCCAGGGUUUGGGGGAGGGAAGGAGGAGAAUGGGAAUGGGGCUGGUGGAGGAGUCGAGUGGGGAGGAGAUGGGUUGAUUGGAUUGCCAGGUUUAGGCCUAGGAAGAAGGCAAAAGAGCAUUGCAGAAAUCAUUCAGGAUGACAUGGAUCAUGCAAAUUCCAUCUUAAGGCACCCUUCUCGUCCAGCCAGUCGGAAUGCAUUUGAUGAUACUGUAGAAACUUCUGAAGCCCAGUUUGCUCAGCUUCACGAUUUAGCAUCUGCUGAUGCUUUGCAUUCUGUUUCAAACAAACAGGGGGUGACCAUGGUCCCAAAUGUUGGUGCAACUGCCUCUCAUACCUAUGCUUCUGCUUUAGGUGCCUCCUUGUCACGAAGCACUACACCUGACCCUCAGCUUGUUGCUAGAGCUCCUAGUCCUCGCAUUCCAACUAUUGGAGGAGGUAGGACCAAUUCUAUGGAUAAAAGAGAAGUUAGUGGUCCAAACUCAUUUAAAGGUGUCUCAUCAAGCUUGAAUGAGUCUCCUGAGCUUGUAGCAGCUUUGUCUGGGUUGAAUCUGUCUUCAGUUGAUGUAGAAAAUCAUGCAAGAUCACAAAGCCUUCAUAACAUUGAUGACCACUGUGAUCUCUUCAAUCUGCAUGGCGACCAGAACCAUGUCAAGCAACAGUCAUUUUUGAAUAAAUCUAAUUUAUCUGCUAACUCAUAUUUAAAAGGCCCCUCAACACCAGCUCUUAAUGGCAGAAGAGGCUCUCCUUCUGACCUUCAGAAUGCUGAUAACACAAAUUCCCCAUUUACAAACUACAGCUUGAGUGGGUAUCCUGUGAAUCCUUCAUCUCCAUCCAUGAUGGGAAGCCAGUUUGGCAGUGGGGUUUUACCACCUUUAUUUGAAAAUGUUGCUGCUGCAUCUGCAAUGGGAGGAGCUGGAUUGGAUUCUAGAGCAUUGAGUGCUUUAGGGCCAAACUUAAUGGCUGCUGCAGCAGAAUUACAGAAUAGAGCUGGAAAUCAGACUGCUGGUACUGCUCUGCAGAUGAUGCCACUAAUGGAUCCCUUGUAUCUUCAGUACCUGAGAUCAAAUGAAUACACUGCUGCACAGCUGGGGGCACUCAAUGAUCCUACUGUAGACAGAGAGUAUCUUGGAAAUUCAUACGUGGAUAUGCUCCAAAAAGCUUACUUAGGAGCAUUGCUUUCACCGCAAAAAUCACAAUAUGGCAUUCCCUAUCUGGGCAAAUCUGGCAGCUUGAAUCACAAUUACUAUGGUAAUCCAGCAUUUGGUCUUGGCAUGUCUUAUUCUGGAAGUCCAAUAGGUGGGCCACUUCUUCCAAAUUCUCCUAUUGGAUCUGGCAGUCCUGUCAGGCACGGUGAGAGAAACAUGCGUUUUAAUUCUGGGUUGAGGAAUCUGUCGGGGGGUGUUAUAGGAUCUUGGCACUCAGAGACUGGUGGUAAUUUGGAUGAAAAUUUUCCUCCCUCUUUGCUAGAUGAAUUCAAAAGCAAUAAAACUAAAUGUUUUGAACUCUUGGAAAUUGCAGGUCAUGUUGUUGAAUUCAGUGCCGAUCAGUAUGGGAGUCGAUUCAUUCAACAGAAACUUGAAACUGCUACAGCAGAUGAGAAAAACAUGGUUUUCAAUGAGAUUAUGCCCCAAGCUCUUUCAUUAAUGACUGAUGUUUUUGGUAAUUAUGUGAUACAAAAGUUUUUUGAGCAUGGAUCUGCAUCCCAAAUAAGAGAACUGGCUGACCAAUUAACUGGGCAUGUCCUGACGCUUAGCCUUCAAAUGUAUGGUUGUCGAGUGAUACAAAAGGCUAUAGAAAUGGUUGAGUUGGACCAGCAGACAAAAAUGGUGACAGAGCUUGAUGGUCAUAUUAUGCGCUGUGUACGUGAUCAGAAUGGGAACCAUGUCAUCCAGAAGUGUAUUGAAUGUGUCCCUGAAGAUGCUAUACAUUUUAUUGUUUCAACGUUUUAUGAUCAAGUUGUGACGCUAUCCACUCAUCCAUAUGGUUGUCGAGUCAUACAGAGAGUCCUGGAGCACUGCCAUGACACAAAUACCCAGCGUAUAAUGAUGGAUGAGAUUUUGCAAUCUGUUUGCAUGUUGGCACAAGACCAGUAUGGAAAUUAUGUUGUACAGCAUGUGCUAGAGCAUGGAAAGCCUCAUGAACGUUCAGCAAUAAUAAAGAAAUUAACUGGGCAGAUAGUUCAAAUGAGCCAGCAGAAAUUUGCCUCCAAUGUUAUAGAGAAGUGUCUAACAUUUGGUACUCCCGCAGAACGCCAGGCUCUGGUGAAUGAAAUGCUUGGUACCACUGAUGAAAAUGAGCCUCUUCAGGUUAUGAUGAAAGAUCAGUUUGCUAAUUACGUUGUACAGAAAGUGCUGGAAACUUGUGAUGACCAGCAACUUGAACUAAUCCUUAAUCGAAUAAAGAUUCACUUAAAUGCUCUGAAGAAGUAUACUUAUGGGAAGCAUAUAGUUGCGCGUGUAGAGAAACUUGUUGCAGCUGGAGAGAGGAGGAUCAGCUUCCUUACCCUGCAUCCUGCUGCGUAGAUGGCAUAGUUGAAGUUGUACAGCUAACUGAGGAUAGUAUGAGCGCCUCUCUUUUUUCUUUCUUUUAAUAUCUAGUAAUGGCUGUCUAUUGAUUUGGAUAGACAGGAGUUUAAUGAAAAUAAAAUUGUCGGUUGUACUUAAAACUGUACAUUUUUAGUUUGAGGAUAUACCUAGAUGAGGCUAGCUGAGGCUCAGAUGGUGAACAUUCUGAUGCUGAUGCAGAGGCGAUAAGAAUUUACUGUACAAGUUUUAAGGUUGUAAAAAGGGAGGUAGUGUAUUUGUGAUCGCGACUGUACAAAAUAUUACCAGGCAGAGAUGGCCUUUGUGUUUAGGAGAGUCUUGAAUUUUUCUGUGUAUGGAUCUUUUAUUUUCCUUUUAAAGAACUUUUCUUCAUGUCA